UGCCGGGGGCAGAGGGGAGGCCAGAUGAGAUUUAAAAAUGCCAUUUCCACUAUGAACCUGGGACACCCUGGCUAGACACAGAUAAUGUCAUGAGGAGUGAUGUUUCUGUUUAAAAUAAGAUUCCUGGAGGGAAAGAAUUUAUGGACAUCAUCAGUAAUUAUAAGUAAUGACAGUUCGUUUGCAUUUAGAUACAUGCGUGUGUUUAGUAAUUAAUACAAGAAGCCUUUGGGGUAAACAGAGGACCAGGCAACUGUAUUACUUGUACAGACCUAAACAUUUUUGGAGGAUAAGUCAUGCUAUUCCUCUUAGAGUAUUUCACACAAGCAAACCAUAUUGUAAAUGGACCAGAAGCAAAACACUGUGGUAUAACAAGUACCUCUAUUGUCAUGACUUUUUCCUUUACAAAGUUUCUAACCUUAGCACUUCUAAGGAAUUGACAAAAACAAACAGUCGCAUGUCACGAUUUAAGAACACUUUAGAAUCUGUCUCAAAAGCCGUGUCUGGUACUCACAGUGAACUGGUUUCACGGAUAGCUCGGCUAAAGCCACAUUCUGGUAUAUUGAAUAAAUCAGUCGAAAAUAAUGGGAAGGAAAAUCGUUUUCCUAUAAAUCCAGAAAAUGACAGGCAAGCCACAGACAAUGGAAGUCAGGAAAGCUGUGAUGAUAGCUUAGAAGACAAAAAACCUUUGUCUGCAGGUGGAGCCUUGAGUCCCAUUGGUUCUAGCCAAAGUUCUUUGAAAGAUCUUGCAGGUAUCAAGAGUAGUCUUUUUCAUGUUAGCUAUUUUGCUACAAACUUUGGGGAAACCUACAACUUUCUAGCCAAUCACAUCAACUGGUACUUUAGCACUGGUGGGAUGGAUCAAGAGAAAAAAGGUGGGGAUGCUGUCCCACCUAAGCCACAAAAUCAACGAGGAGAAACACUUGACUCAUCAGAAGAUGACAUAUUAAGUAAUGAAAACAGGCUGAGUGCAGUAUCCGAUUUAAUACCUGCAGCGCAAUCUCCCGAUCUUGAGAAAGCCAAUGCCAGUCCUCCAGCUUCCAGCAAGAAGAGCAUUGCAAGUUUUCUUUCUUACCCUAGUAACAGUGUACAGGCCUUUGUGGAUAGCUAUAUUGGUGGCCUAGUGCCCAAGUUACGAUCUGAUCCAAAAUCUGCCUUACAAGAAAAAAACAAAGUACAAGAACAUGAAGAGAUGUUGAAAGAUGACAAGGAGACUAAACGUGCGGAAGAGAAAGAAAAGAGAUUGUCGCUUCAAAGGGAAAAGAUUAUUGCAAAGGUGAGUAUAGAUAACAGAACCCGGGCUUUAGCUCAAGCAUUACGAAGAUCAUCUAACAGAAGAGUCUGUAUCAACAGGGUCGAAGAACUGAUGUACCAUCUCUUGGAAUGUACAGACAGCAGAGGAGUUGCUAUUAAGGAAAAAAUAAUUCCAUGCUUGUUGCGGCUAAGACAGGCAAAUGAUGAAGCUCUCCAGGCUGCUGCUAGGGCAGCCUUGGCUGUAAUUGGAUAUACAGACCCUGUAAAAGGCUGGGGUAUUCGGGUUCUUACCAUUGAUGGUGGGGGAACAAGGGGUUUAGUGGCCCUUCAGACUCUUCGUAAACUGGAAGAGCUCACUGGAAAACCCAUUCAUCAUCUUUUUGAUUACAUUUGUGGAGUGAGUACAGGUGCUAUACUAGCAUUUAUGUUGGGGUUAUUCCAUAUCCCCCUGGAUGAGUGUGAAGAACUUUAUCGCAAAUUAGGAACUGAUGUGUUCAAGCAAAAUGUCAUUGUUGGGACAGUUAAAAUGGGCUGGAGCCAUGCAUUUUAUGAUAGCGAAAUCUGGGAGACUAUUCUUAAAGAGCGAAUGGGAUUAAAUAUUAUGAUUGAAACAGCAAGAAAUCCCAGAUGCCCUAAGGUGGCUGCUAUAAGCACCAUUGUAAGCAGAGGGACACCACUCAAAGCUUUUGUAUUUAGAAAUUACAAUCACCUCCCUGGAGUCAAGUCUCACUAUCUUGGAGGUUGCCAGUAUAAACUAUGGCAAGCUAUCAGAGCGUCAUCUGCUGCGCCAGGCUACUUCCAGGAGUAUGUAUUGGAUAAUGAACUUCAUCAGGAUGGAGGCCUACUUUUAAAUAAUCCUACAGCUUUAGCAGUGCACGAGUGCAAAUGUCUUUGGCCAAAUGUGCCACUGCAGUGUGUCAUAUCCUUGGGAACUGGUCGAUACGAAAAUGAAGGGAAAACCAAUGUCACCUACACCAGUCUGAAAGCUAAACUGACUAAUGUCAUCAGCAGUGCCACAGAUACUGAAGAAGUCCACACUAUGCUGGAUGCCCUUCUACCUCCAGACACCUACUUCAGAUUUAAUCCUUUAAUGAAUGAAGACAUAGCAUUGGAUGAAAAUCGUAAAGAAAAGCUUAAUCAGUUGCAGAUGGAUGGCAUCCAAUAUUUAGAAAGAAAUGAAGAAAAACUGAAAAAAGCUGCCAAAAUAUUAACACAGGAAAAAACAACUUUUCAGAGAUUGAAUGACUGGAUGAAGUUAAAAGCAGACAUGUAUGAAGGGCUUCCGUUUCUUUCCAAAUUGUGAAUGUGUAAAGCAUGAAAAGUCAUAGGUUUGAUUGUUUCAGAAGUCCAUUCUGUACUAAAAGGGAUCAGCAUUUAUUAGUUGAGAUGUAAUUACUUAUGGAUAUAAUGAACAAGAUGAGGUGGAGCAAAGGCAGCAAAGGCACACCCCGAGUUUCUUGGAUCUGAAGAUCCUAUUUUCCAAGCAGGCUGCCAGUUUCUUCUCUUCUUCCCCCACUCUUCCCCAGUCUGCUGCCCUAAGGGUUCCCUAGCACUUUCUUUGAAGCCAGUUUUCUGCAGGACACAAGUGUGGGAAUUGGUGAGACUCACCAUUUUUAAUUUGUUUUUUAUAAAAGCAGAAAUGCAUUCCACUCAUGCAGUGGAAACUUGGGAUUCUAACUUUCUUCACAAUUUCUUGAAGUGGUGAGUUAUUGUUUCUAAGCUUUCAGAAUCUGUAAUUGAAGUAAAUUAGAGUAAAAUGGGGUUUUAUCUGCCAUUCAUUACAGUCCGAAUUUGUGAUAAUUAUGAGGCAACACAUUUUGUUUUGGAAAUGCAUACCAAAAAUCAUGUUGACAAACAUAAUGUGUUUACCUAUUGUUGAAUGGUUUAGAAGUGGGGGAAAGAACCAAACCAAUUAGACAGCUUUCUCUCCAAGUACUUAAGACAGAAUAAAUAAAACCAGUUUAAUCCCAUCGAAAUUAAUGGAACUAAACUAUCUUAAAUCCACUAAUAGCUGGUCAGUUAUUUUGCAGAUUGUAUUGCAAUGUAUUAUAAACACGAAGGUUCUUGGCACUGCCAUUAAAUGCCAUCCCUUGAGAUUAAUAACGAUGGGAAUUGCCUUAUGGCAAGGUUUGUGCAUGUAAACAAAUUCUUAUUUUAAAAUGUUGAAAUAUUUUAUAUAAUGUGCAUAGUUCAUCCAUUUUACUUUAUACAGUUAAAUAUUUGGCUUAUUGCUGUGAGGUCUAUCAUAGUUAAUAUCUACAUAUUUUCCAGAAACGUUUAAGCACUUUUCAGAUAUUCUAUUCCAAAAUAAUUCCCUGCUUGAAAACUAUCCUAAAAACUACAUGUCUUGUAAGGAAUAAAAUAAAAUUGUAAAAUGA